UCUUCUCCGAUAGUACUACAAUUUCGCCAGUCAAGCUACAGAGAAUUUACUAACGCAGCCUCACCUCUCAAUCAAAAUCCAGAGAAACACUUCUCGAAGCAAGAUCAUGGAGGUCAUGGCGGGGGCUGUGACGAGCGCCCUCCUCUACAAGCUGGACGCCGUGCUGACGGACGAGUACAGGCUGCAGAGGAGCCUGAGGGGCGAGAUCAUGUUCCUCCGAGCCGAGCUGGAGAGCAUGCAGGCGGCCCUCGAGAGAGUAUCCUCGUCGUCGGCGCAGCCGGUCGACAGGCAGGUCAGGAUCUGGGCAGGGCAAGUGAGGGAGCUCUCCUACGACGUCGAAGACAGCAUCGACAGAUUCAUGGUGCGCGUUGACCUCCACCAUCCCUGGUUCAGCGGGUUCAUCGGCAGGUGCCUGAACCUGCUCACCACAGCCCGGGCCCGCCACCGGAUCGCCGCCGAUAUCAGGGGCAUCAAGGGCCGCGUCAAGGAGGUCGCUGACCGGCGCGACAGGUACAGGGUCGACGACGAUGUUUCCGCCGUCCGGCGGCCCGGGGGCACCACCAUCGACAUCGACCCUCGCUUGCAUGGCAUGUACGAGGAUUCGGCGAGGCUCGUCGCGGUAGGCGGGCCGAGGGCGGAGCUCUGCAGGUUGUUGGUGGAGCAAGAAGGCGCGGCUACCAUGGAUGGUCAACUGAAGGUGGUCUCCAUUGUUGGGAUUGGUGGCCUGGGCAAGACGACUCUGGCCAACGUCGUGUACCAACAGAUCAGAGGGCAGUUUGAUUGCGACGCCUUUGUCACCGUGUCCCUCAAGCCUGAUCUGAGGAGGGUUUUAGCCAGCCUCCUCCGUCAGGUCAGUAAGCAGAGUUACAGCGAGGUUGAAGCAUGGGAUGUUGUGGAACUCAUUGACAAAAUCAGAAAAAUUCUUCGGGAUAAGAGGUACUUAAUCAUAGUUGAUGAUAUAUGGGAUGAAUCAGCCUGGAACUGUAUAAAGAGUGUACUAGUUGAGAACAAGUGCAGUAGCAGAGUAAUCACAACAACACGUAUUGCUGGUGUUGCAGCAUCAUGCAGCUCUUCCAUCAACGGUAACAUUUAUAAACUUAAUCCUCUUGCUCAUGAUGAUUCAAGGAAGUUGUUCCAUGAAAGAAUAUUUGGGAGUGAAGAUGCUUGUCAUGUGGAACUGAGAGAAAUAUCUGAGAAAAUCAUGAGAAAGUGUGAUGGUGUACCAUUAGCUAUCAUCACUAUUGCCAGCCUAUUGUCUCACAAACCAAAGAAUAUACAUGAAUGGGACACUGUCAACAAAUCAAUCGGUUCUGGACUUGAGAAGUUCCCCAAUAUGGAGAACAUGCGUCAAAUAUUGUCUAUUAGUUAUUAUGAUUUGCCGUCCCAUCUGAAACCCUGCUUUCUAUACCUGAGUGUUUAUCCGGAGGAUUAUACAAUAUUGAGUGAUCACUUGGUAUGA